AUGGUGGACCCGGCGGAGUGCACCAUCAAAGUGAUGUGCCGUUUUAGGCCAUUGAACAAGUCAGAGGUGGAGAGAGGGGAUAAAUACAUACCGAAGUUUACAGGCGAGGAUCAAGUGUCUAUCUCGGUAAGUUGGCGUUCAAACAUUGGCCUACGAAAACAGUCCCCCGGCCUUUGUAAUGCUAGCUAGGCUAACGUUAACUAGCUAAGCUUAGCACUAACUAACUAGCUAACGUUAGCUUGCAAAGCUACACCAGCCAAGGGCAAGGGACACUUUAUUGUUUUCUCCUUCUCAUAAUAGCGUUAGCUAGCUAUAUUGAUUUAUUACUAUCACGUUCAAAUAGCUACCAUUUCGCAUGAAUCUCGAAUCGAUUCACAACACAUGACGCCCGCAACACCCUUGCGUGUCAGCUAACUUUAGCCAGCUAACGUUAACUCAGCUAGCUAUCUACUGUUUUGCUGUCUAAAUUGAACUAGCAGCUAACCAGUUAACUAAUGUAAUACACGUCCACGGCCUACUUUUAUUAAUUGACGUGAGCUUAAAGAAGUCUAACUAGUUUGGGAGGGGAUGGCCGAACAACUGAUUUUGCUAUCAAUCCUGUAUCUUAACUCAGCCCUAUUUUCGAAGUUGGCUAGUUAGCUAGUUAUGAUCGCACAAAUGUGGCUAGGUAGCUAACUAUCAGUCCCUUGUGCGGUAUUGAAAUAGUAGCUAGUUACUAACGUUAGCUACCUAGGGAUAGCCACGUCGCAGAUACUAUCGCCUCAUUGACAGCUGUCCUUUUUUGGGCGUAUUGAAUGGGGAAUUGUUUAACUAACUAGGCCCGACAAUAACUUACUGCAAAUUAAUUUUUCCAUAACUGACUUCAGAGAUGGUGGUAUAGAGCCGGGGCUUUGUUCUGGAAAACCAUUUUGGGUGUAAUACUAGGAUAGAAAACUUGGAGUCAGGUGAUCUCACCUGCUCAGUACACUACCCCACCCCUUCAUUGGCCUUGUAAAAAAGAUAAAUGACAGCGAUCAUAACUGCUGGGACAAACUUUAUGGACUUCCAAGUUACAAGAAUUUACCACAAUAAAACCCCAAACAGGUCCCUCAAUUCUGUAGCCUAAUGAUGUUCCUUUUGUAAAUGAUAAACCGUUUUUGAACAAUUCCCAAAGAGAUGUGGGUGAAUGGAGUUGGAAAACUGGAGGAAAAAGUCCCUACACAGUACCAACAAAGGUGUCAACUGUACUUUAGAAGCCAAGGGUGUGGCAUCUGGUCAUGGUGACUGGAUACAUGUCUGUUAUGUCAUGUGGUUAGGAGGAAAACUCUUGGCCCCAAGCAUAACAUAUGAUCCACAGCAGCUUCACUUUUUCUUUGAGAGAUAAAUUGUCGGCCUUCUUCAUACUAAACUAAGAAAUGAUGAACAUUUUCCUUGUCUCUCUCCUAUCUCUCUGGAAGUGGAAACUAUGUGUCCCAAUGACACCCUAUUCCCUAUAUAGUGCACUACUUGUGACCAGGGCCAUACCCUAUAUAGUGCACUAUAUAGAGAAUAGGGUGCCGGGCGCAAUUCAUGUGUCCCUCAACAUUCCUCCCUAUGAGAGAGACUUAUGUUGUCAUUGGCACAUUCUAUUUUACAGUGUAACUGGGAACAGUUGGAUGGAUGGAUGAGGGGUGUGGCGUUUUUAUGGGGGAGGGAUAUCAUGUCAUUUGAGUGGGCAGUGAGUACUGGAAACAUUUCUUUGUCCAGAUUUGUCUUUUAAUAGAAGCUCACUAUGCUUAGUUCACUUCCUAGUACACCCACCCAGACCUCAGGGCAUGAGGCCCAAAUGGCGCACUAUUCCCUAUGAUGUGCACUACUUUUGACCGGGGCUCUGGUCAAAAGUAGGGUUAGACCCACUAGUAGCAUUAGCGAGGGUGGAAAUCCCUGGGAAGGAUACAUCAUUUGUUGGUGUUGGCCAGUCUCUGCUUUUGCGUUCAUUUGAAUAACGUUGGCCUCUUUAACCUUUGGUGAGAUGUCCAGCUACUGCCUAAUCCCAUUGGCAACCCUAGUGUUACCCAUGGCAACAGACUACCCAAAUACUGUACAUCAGACAUGGCCCAUAGACUGACCCAGAUGUGCUGGAAGAUUGUGGCGUGUGUGUGUGUGGGGGGCUUGCCUAAAACCUGGCAUUCCACCUGUUUCUACCAGUCAGCAUCAUGCUCAUUCUAGUUCAACAACCCUUACUCUUCUCCGCUAGGAGCAAUGGACUGUGCUUUUCAGAGAAGCAGGUACACAGAGACAAAUUGGCCAGUUUAUAGUCCAGUAAUGGAGGACAACAGAGAGACUGUGGUAUAGUAUUAGGUCCACAGUCUAAGAGGUUGGUUGGCUGCAGGCACUGGCAGGGUUCAAAACAGUGGAAUAGGCUGUGUCACAAAUGGCACCGUAUUCCCUACAUAGUGCACUACUUAUGACCAGAGCCAGAGGGAUAGGGUGCCAUUUGGGACGCUGACAUAUAAAAGCCUGAGUCAGUCUGAUGAUGAAGUCAUUUCCUUUAUGGGUCGUUCCAUGUCAUUUCAGCAAGCCAUGACACCCACCAUAUCAGAUUGUUCUGAAAUCAUUUCUGUAGUUAGAAAUGGAUAAGAUUAGCAUUCCUGCAACAUUGUUUUGUUGAACUAUAAUUUGAUCUCUGAGAAAUUAAGCUACUUGAUUGCACCCAAAUUGGCCAUUUCUAAUUCAUAGGAUUCAUAUAAUAUUACCUAACAGCCGAUUUGGACCAUCCUACAUCCUGAUAGUUCCAGGUUCUGAGCACUAUAUGGUGCUGUUCCUGCUAAUAGGUGCUCUUUUUUUUAAAGAAUCUCCCACCCUCAAUGUUAAAGGCAGUUAAAUGACAUUUGUUUCCUUAACCUCUAAGCAGUUUAUGGACAAGGUAUGACAGCAACCCAGGCUUUGGUUUUGUUUACCUGGCCACUGUUUCACAAAUUAAAAAUGUGGUUUCUAUAUUAGCAUUUUCGUGCUUCAUAUCCAAAUCCUCUAUAAGUAUCAUCAUUGAGUUACACAAUACAUAUUUAGAUAGUUUAGGAUAAUUUGGACAUGAAGCGUCAAAAUGCUAAUAUAGAUACCAUUGACUUGCAUUGGAUUUUUGCCAGAAAUGCUACCAAGUUAGCAUUUGAAACAAAACCAAAGCAUGGAUUGCUGUCAUACCUUGUCCAUAGACUGCUUACAGGGUAAGCAAACCAACAUGUAAUUUGGGUGAACUAUCCUUUUAACAUGGGGAGGGGGACUUAAAAAAAUUACCUCACCAUCUAGUGGUCAGAACCUGGUAAUAUCAUGAUGUUGGAUGAGACAUAAACCAAACAACUUCAAUUACCGAUUUCUCUGAGCAGAUAAAAACAAAAAAAUACAAAUACAAAUUCUCUGGGAAUACAUUACUGGGAAUGCAUACAAGCGGCGGUGGUGGAAAAAGUACCCAAUUGUCAUACUUUACUAAAAGUAAAGAUACCUUAAUAGAAAAUGACUCAAGUAAAAGUGAGUCACCCAGUAAAAUACUACUUGAGUAAAAGUCAAAGUAUUUGGUUUUAAAUAUACUUAAUUAUCAAAAGUAAAUGUAAUUGCAAAAAUAUACUUUAUUAUCAAAAGGAAAAGUAUAAAUAUUUUCCAAUUGCUUAUAUUAAACAAACCAGACAACACAAUUGUCUUGUUUUUUAAAUUUAUGGAUAGCCAGGGGCACACUACAACACGCAGACAUAAUUUUCAAACAAAGCACUUGUCUUUAGUGAGUCUGCCAGACAGAGGCAGUGAGAUUACCAUAAGUGCACUCUUCAUAAGUGCGUGAAUUGGACCAUUUUCCUGUCCUGCGAAGCAUUCAAAAUGUAACGAGUGCUUUUGGGUGUCAGGGAAAAUGUAUGGAGUAAAAAGUACAUUGUUUUCUUUAGAAAUGUAGUGAAGUAAAAGUUGUCCAAAAAUAUUAAUAGUAAAGUACAGAUACCCCAAAAACUACUUAUAUAGUAGAUAUAAAGUAUUUUUACUGAAAUAUUUUACACCAUUGCCGAGCCGCAGCUCCAUACUACUUGUCAGACAGAGAACUGAUACUAUAUACUCGUUGGGGUGGGAUUGACGUGGGGUGUGGAAGGUCCCGUAGGUACUAUAUUUAUUUAAUAUUAUCUGAAUCCUAUAAAUGGAAAUGGCCAAUUUGGGUGCAAUCAAUUAGCUUAAUUUCUCAGAUCAAAUUUUAUUUAAACAAAGUAAUGUUGCAGGAAUGCUAGUCUUAUCUGUUUCUAAGAACGGAAACUAUUUCAGAACAAUCUGAGACGGUGGGUGUCAAUCCUUUUUGAGGUGUUACGACCCUUUAUGAGAAUGGGCCUGGCGUUCUAUCUACUGUUUGGUGCCAGCCCAGUAGGAUCAAGUGAGCGUCCCAAAUGGCAUCCUAUUCCUUAUGUAGUGCACUAUGGGCCCUGGUCAAAGUAGUACACUACAUAGGGAAUAGGGUGCCAUUUGGGAGACCACCAAGGCUUCCUAAUAGAAUGGCGGAACCCAUCACUACUACCAUAUAAGCCUAGUCCUUGGCUGCCAUUUUGUCUGUGCUCACAGGCACAUAAUCAGAGUGAUCAUUCAGAAUGAGAACACCCCACAUUAGUGACAGCAGAAGCAUAGAUAAGGAGGACUAUUUUGGAAGUGCUCAGUAAUGGACAGUCCACAGCAGCACAACAAAGGCUGUGUCCCGAUUCUCCACCCUUCUCCAGAAGUGUGCCUUUGCACACUUUCCGUCAUGGAUUUAAAAGCAUUGGAUUGGUUAAAGCAUUGGCUGGGGGCAGUUUCCACCAUUGUUAGUCCAUGUGAGAAAGUGUACAAGUGCACACUUCGGGAAAAGGGGGAGAAUCAGGAUGCAGACAAAGAUUAAGAUCGAGGUAGUCAGACUAUUGCCAGGGUUGUAGAUGCAGGAACUGUAGUGAAUCAUUUAGACCUCUACUCCCAGCCUGGUCUCAUAGACUAGACGUAACAUAGUAAAUGUAAAUCCGGGACACUCAAAUUAGGAUGAUAUGUUAUGUUUGGUAUGGUUACAUAAGACAGAAGGUUACUUAAGGCAAAAACCAAAGUAGGGUGGCUGGUCGGGGUGGGCGUAUAAUGUGAAUGUCUAGCAACCCAAAGGUUGCGUGUUCGAUCUCAUCACAGACAAUUUUUUGCUACUUUGCAACUACUUGCUACUUUUGAGCUACUUUGCAACUAUUUAGCAGGUUAGCUAACCCUUCUCCUAACCUUGACCCUUUAAGCUAACCAAUUAACAUAACUCCUAACAUUAACCCCUAACACCUAAAGCUAGCUAACGUUAGCAUUAGCCACCUAGCCAAUGUUAGCAACAACAAAUUGGAAUUUGUAACAUAUCAUACAGUUUGCAAAUUCGUAACAUUGUACGUUUUGCAAAUUCGUAACAUAUUGUACGAAUUGCAAUUCCUAACAUAUUGUACAAAUUGUAAUUCCUAACAUACAGUGGGGAAAAUAAGUAUUUAGUCAGCCACCAAUUGUGCAAGUUCUCCCACUUAAAAAGAUGAGAGGCCUGUAAUUUUCAUCAUAGGUACACGUCAACUAUGACAGACAAAAUGAGAAAAAAAAAUCCAGAAAAUCACAUUGUAGGAUUUUUAAUGAAUGUAUUUGCAAAUUAUGGUGGAAAAUAAGUAUUUGGUCAAUAACAAAAGUUUCUCAAUACUUUGUUAUAUACCCUUUGUUGGCAAUGACACAGGUCAAACGUUUUCUGUAAGUCUUCACAAGGUUUUCACACACUGUUGCUGGUAUUUUGGCCCAUUCCUCCAUGCAGAUCUCCUCUAGAGCAGUGAUGUUUUGGGGCUGUCGCUGGGCAACACGGACUUUCAACUCCCUCCAAAGAUUUUCUAUGGGGUUGAGAUCUGGAGAUUGGCUAGGCCACUCCAGGACCUUGAAAUGCUUCUUACGAAGCCACUCCUUCGUUGCCCGGGCAGUGUGUUUGGGAUCAUUGUCAUGCUGAAAGACCCAGCCACGUUUCAUCUUCAAUGCCCUUGCUGAUGGAAGGAGGUUUUCACUCAAAAUCUCACGAUACAUGGCCCCAUUCAUUCUUUCCUUUACACGGAUCAGUCAUCCUGGUCCCUUUGCAGAAAAACAGCCCCAAAGCAUGAUGUUUCCACCCCCAUGCUUCACAGUAGGUAUGGUGUUCUUUGGAUGCAACUCAGCAUUCUUUGUCCUCCAAACACGACGAGUUGAGUUUUUACCAAAAAGUUAAAUUUUGGUUUCAUAUGACAUUCUCCCAAUCCUCUUCUGGAUCAUCCAAAUGCACUCUAGCAAACUUCAGACGGGCCUGGACAUGUACUGGCUUAAGCAGGGGGACACGUCUGGCACUGCAGGAUUUGAGUCCCUGGCGGCGUAGUGUGUUACUGAUGGUAGGCUUUGUUACUUUGGUCCCAGCUCUCUGCAGGUCAUUCACUAGGUCCCCCCGUGUGGUUCUGGGAUUUUUGCUCACCGUUCUUGUGAUCAUUUUGACCCCACGGGGUGAGAUCUUGCGUGGAGCCCCAGAUCGAGGGAGAUUAUCAGUGGUCUUGUAUGUCUUCCAUUUCCUAAUAAUUGCUCCCACAGUUGAUUUCUUCAAACCAAGCUGCUUACCUAUUGCAGAUUCAGUCUUCCCAGCCUGGUGCAGGUCUACAAUUUUGUUUCUGGUGUCCUUUGACAGCUCUUUGGUCUUGGCCAUAGUGGAGUUUGGAGUGUGACUGUUUGAGGUUGUGGACAGGUGUCUUUUAUACUGAUAACAAGUUCAAACAGGUGCCAUUAAUACAGGUAAUGAGUGGAGGACAGAGGAGCCCCUUAAAGAAGAAGUUACAGGUCUGUGAGAGCCAGAAAUGUUGCUUGUUUGUAGGUGACCAAAUACUAAUUUUCCACCAUAAUUUUCCAAUAAAUUCAUUAAAAAUCCUACAAUGUGAUUUUCUGGAUUUUUUUUCCUCAAUUUGUCUGUCAUAGUUGACGUGUACCUAUGAUGAAAAUGACAGGCCUCUCUCAUCUUUUUAAUUGGCAGAACUUGCACAAUUGGUGGCUGACUAAAUACUUUUUUUCCCCACUGUAUAAUAUGAGAUUAAUUAAUACGUACCAUACGAAACGUAACAUAUCAUAUUAAAUGGAGUGUCUCGGAUUUACUUAAAGAAUAAUAUGAAAUGCUCUGAGACCACGUUGUUACUCUAACACCAUCAAAUCAUAGCACUUUUUUUUUUGUCACGUGCCGAAUACAACAGGUGUAGACCUUACCAUGAAAUGCUUACUUACAAGCCCUUAACCAACAAUGCAGUUCAAGAAAGAGUUAAGAAAAUAUUUACUAAAUAAACUAAGGUUAAAAAAAAAAAGUAUCACAAUAAAAUGACAAUAACGAGGCUACAUACAGGGGGUUCCGGUACCGAGUCAAUGUGCGGGGGUACAGGUUAGUCGAGGUAAUUUCUACAUGUAGGUGUCUAUGCAUAGAUAAUAAACAGCGAGUAGCAGCAGUGUAAAAACAAAAAGGGGGGGGUGUCAAUGUAAAUAGUCCGGGUGGCCAUUUGAUUAAUUGUCCAGCAGUCUUAUUGCUUGGGGGUAGAAGCUGUUAAGGAGCCUUUUGGUCCUCGACUUGGCGCUCUGGUACCGCUUGUCGUGCGGUAGCAGAGAGAACAGUCUAUGACUUAGGUGACUAGAGUCUUCAACAUUUUUUUGGGCCUUCCUCUGACACUGCCGAUUAUAUAGGUCCUGGAUGGCAGGAAGCUUGGCCCCAGUGAUGUACUGGGCCGAACGCACUACCCUCUGUAGCGCCUUACGGUCGGAUGCCGAGCAGUUGCCAUACCAGGCGGUGAUAUAACCGGUCAGGAUGCUCUUGAUGGUGCAGCUGUAGAACUUUUUGAGGAUCUGGGGACCCAUGCCAAAUCUUUUCAGUCGCCCUGAUGGGGGAAAAAGUGUUGUCGAAUGUCAGCAGCACAAAACUUUCCACCAAAAUAACCUUACAAGUCGCUUUCAUUCAUGCUGCCAGAUAGCCUAUGAAAAUAAUGUUACCCACAAGGACAGCUUCUGUAGGUUUUGAUUCCCAGACUGUGUUUUAGCUACUGCGCUGUAGUUUAUGUAUUUCAUUUUAUUUCCCCAACUUUUUAAUGACUUUCUUUUGACCAGGGAAAGUAGACAUUUUCUCAUACAGUGUAUAGGCUAACUCAACAAAAACAAUAGUUCACAACAAAGGGAACAUAGGCCUAUACAAUGAUAGAGCGAACGCUGUAUCAUCCUAAAGAACUCCCUCUAAUGUAAGCUGUAGGGAUUGAUAUUGGCUGCUGCUGUCAGAGGAAUAGCCUGAAGUGCCCUGCUGAUCUGUUGUCAGUAAAUAAAGCCUUUGCAUCUUCCAGAGACACAGAGGGAGGAUGUAGAUUUUUCCGAGCUGUCUCUGGCCCUUAGUCACACUGAGAAGGGAAGGGAAAGGCCAGGGCUACAUCCCAAACGGCACAUUAUUCCCUAUACAGUGCGCUACUUUAGACCAGUUCCCAUCAAGUGCACUAUAUAAGGAAUAGGGUGCCAUUUGGGACGCAUCCUUGGUCUAGUGUGCAAUGGAUCUCUUUACAAUACAGCCCAUUAGUGGACACAAAUUAAUUAUGAAAGGCUGUGUUUGGACUGAGUUGGUCUAGUGGUGAAUACCGUAUACUGUAGUGUUUCUCAUUGACCUGCUGGACGGCUAAUGUCAUCUCUUGUGCCUGUUUUGAAUACCUGUCUACCGGUAUUUCAAUUGUUUGUUGAUUUGUUAAUUAUAGAAUAAUGGUAAUUGGUCAAGUAUUAAAAUGGAGUGUCUAAUAUAUAGGCCUGGCUAGUAGGUUAGGCUAUAUCAGUCGGCCUAUGCUACCACAGAAAAUAGGCCUCAUGUCAACAUUAGAACAAGUGACAGUAAUUGUUUCUGUUUGAAUAUUUUCCCCUAUCACUUUUCUUGUCGUUCUUGUAACAAGAUACUCUAGGUAUCCUUUGUUGCUGAUUCACUUUUACCUAUUGUCUUACAGGGUAAACCGUUCAUGUUUGACCGAGUGUUCGGGUCCAAUACGACACAGGAGCAGAUGUACAAAGCCUCUGCUCAAAUGAUUGUUAAAGGUAAGGAAGGAUGGAUGCAGCGAGCCCAGGUAACUAGCUCUGGUGCUAUACCAGCAGUGGAAACCUUUUGGCAGUUUAAAGUCAUGGUUUAAUAAGUUCUCCAUGUCUUUUCCUCUAUACACAGAUGUGCUUGAUGGCUACAAUGGGACUAUAUUUGCCUUUGGGCAGACAUCGUCUGGAAAAACGCACACCAUGGAGGUGAGAGAGGCCUAUACAAUACAUCCUUCUUAAUGCGUUUGGUCAAAUGCUUUCAACCAGCGUUGGGGUCAAUUCCAUUUCAAUUCAGUCAAUGCAGGAAGGAAACUGAAAUUCCAAUUCCAAAUUUUUCUCAUAAAAAGGCAUUAAGUAAUAUUGGAAUUUAAGUUUACUUCUGGAAUUGACGGAAUUGAAAUUGAAUUGACUCCAACCCUGCUUUCAACUCUUGUUCUAUGGUUGACGGGAACCUGUCUCUGUCCUGUAAAGGGUAGCCUCCAUGACCCGGAUGGUAUGGGGAUCAUCCCCAGAAUAGUCCAGGACAUCUUCAACUACAUCUACUCCAUGGACGAGAACCUGGAGUUCCAUAUCAAGGUAUGGAGCACUUCAACCACACAGCUGGCCUCAAGUGCUUCUGUUGCGAAUUGGAAAAACUUAUGACAGAGUAUAUUCUGUCCGUCCGUCCGUCCCUCACUGGGCGCUGACUAGCUAGUUAUUCCACAUCGGCUACAUAAUCUUAAUAAAAAACACAGCACAGCAGGAUUGUUUCUAAUCAGAGGUAUCUCUGUUGCAGGUUUCAUAUUUUGAGAUUUACCUGGACAGGAUCAAGGACCUACUGGAUGGUAUGUACUGUAUGCUGCGGCACAGCAGGCAUCCUCAUUUGACCAUUCUGGAGAUAUACAGUGCCUUCAGGAAGUAUUCAUACCCCUUGACUUAUUCCACAUUUUGUUGUGUUACAGCCUGAAUUCUAAAUUUGGAUUUGAAAUACUGAAAUGUAUUCACACCCUUAAGUCAAUACUUUGUAGAAGCACCUUUGGUGGCUAUUACAGCUUUGAGUCGUCUUGGGUAUGUCUGUAUCGGCUUUGCACAUCUGGAUUUGGGGAUUUUCUCAAGCUCUGUUAAGAUAGAGGGGAAGCGGUGGUGAACAGCAAUCUUCAAGUCUUUCCACAGAUUUUCAAUGGGAUUCAAGUCUGGGCUUUGGCUGGGCCACUCAAGGACUUUCACAUUUUUGUUCUGAAGCUGUUUCAGCAUUGCUUUGGCUGUAUGCCUGGGGUCAUUGUCCUCUUGGAAUGUAAAUCUUCACCCCCAGUCUAAGGUCGUUUGCAUUACAUUUUACAUUACAUUUACGUCAUUUAGCAGACGCUCUUAUCCAGAGCGACUUACAAAUUGGUGCAUUCACCCUAUAGCCAGUGGGAUAACCACUUUACAAUGUUUAUUUUUAUUAUAUUUUUCUUUUUUUUGGGGGGGGGGGGGAUAGAAGGAUUACUUUAUCCUAUCCCAGGUAUUCCUUAAAGAGGUGGGGUUUCAAAUGUCUCCGGAAGGUGGUGAGUGACUCCGCUGUCCUGGCGUCGUGAGGGAGCUUGUUCCACCAUUGGGGUGCCAGAGCAGCGAACAGUUUUGACUGUGCUGAGCGGGAACUAUGCUUCCGCAGAGGAAGGGGAGCCAGCAGGCCAGAGGUGGAUGAACGCAGUGCCCUCGUUUGGGUGUAGGGACUGAUCAGAGCCUGAAGGUACGGAGGUGCCGUUCCCCUCACGGCUCCAUAGGCAAGCACCAUGGUCUUGUAACAGAUGCGAGCUUCAACUGGAAGCCAGUGGAGUGUGCGGAGGAGCGGGAUGACGUGAGAGAACUUGGGAAGGUUGAACACCAGACGGGCUGCGGCAUUCUGGAUGAGUUGUAGGGGUUUAAUGGCACAGGCAGGGAGCCCAGCCAACAGCGAGUUGCAGUAAUCCAGACGGGAGAUGACAAGUGCCUGGAUUAGGACCUGUGCCGCUUCCUGUGUAAGGCAGGGUCGUACUCUCCGAAUGUUGUAGAGCAUGAACCUGCAGGAUCGGGUCACCGCCUUGAUGUUAGCGGAGAACGACAGGGUGUUGUCCAGGGUCACGCCAAGGCUCUUCGCACUCUGGGAGGAGGACACAACGGAGUUGUCAACCGUGAUGGCGAGAUCAUGGAACGGACAGUCCUUCCCCGGGAGGAAGAGCAGCUCCGUCUUGCCAAGGUUCAGCUUGAGGUGGUGAUCCGUCAUCCAUACUGAUGUCUGCCAGACAUGCAGAGAUGCGAUUCGCCACCUGGUUAUCAGAAGGGGGAAAGGAGAAGAUUAGUUGUGUAUCAUCAGCGUAGCAAUGAUAGGAGAGGCCAUGUGAGGAUAUGACAGAGCCAAGUGACUUGGUGUAUAGCGAGAAUAGGAGAGGGCCUAGAACUGAGCCCUGGGGGACACCAGUGGUGAGAGCACGUGGUGCGGAGACAGCUUCUCGCCACGCCACUUGGUAGGAGCGACCGGUCAGGUAGGACGCAAUCCAAGAGUGAGCCGCGCCGGAGAUGCCCAGCUCGGAGAGGGUGGAGAGGAGGAUCUGAUGGUUCACAGUAUCAAAGGUAGCAGACAGGUCUAGAAGGACAAGAGCAGAGGAGAGAGAGUUAGCUUUAGCAGUGCGGAGAGCCUCUGUGACACAGAGAAGAGCAGUCUCAGUUGAAUGACCAGUCCUGAAACCUGACUGGUUUGGAUCAAGAAGGUCAUUCUGAGAGAGAUAGCAAGAGAGUUGGCUAAAGACGGCACGCUCAAUAGUUUUGGAAAGAAAAGAAAGAAGGGAUACUGGUCUGUAGUUGUUGACAUCAGAGGGAUCGAGUGUUGGUUUUUUGAGAAGGGGUGCAACUCUCGCUCUCUUGAAGACGGAAGGGACAUAGCCAGCGGUCAGGGAUGAGUUGAUCAGCGAGGAGAGGUAGGGGAGAAGGUCACCGGAGAUGGUCUGGAGAAGAGAGGAGGGGAUGGGGUCAAGCGGGCAGGUUGUUGGGCGGCCUGCAGUCACAAGUCGCAAGAUUUUCUCUGGAGAGAGAGGGGAGAAAGAAGUCAAAGCAUAGGGUAGGGCAGUGUGAGCAGGACCAGCAGUGUCAUUAGACUUAACAAACGAGGAUCGGAUGUCGUCAACCUUCUUUUCAAAGUGGUUGACAAAGUCAUCCACAGAGAGGGAGGAGGGGGGGGGGAUUCAGCAGGGAGGAGAAUGUGGCAAAGAGCUUCCUAGGGUUAGAGGCAGAUGCUUGGAAUUUAGAGUGGUAGAAAGUGGCCUUAGCAGCAGAAACAGAUGAAGAAAAUGUAGAGAGGAGGGAGUGAAAAGAUGCCAGGUCGGCAGGGAGUCUAGUUUUCUUCCAUUUCCGCUCAGCUGCCCGGAGCUCUGUUCUGUGAGCUCGCAAUGAGUCAUCAAGCCACGGAGCUGGAGGGGAGGACCGAGCCGGCCGGGAGGAUAGGGGACACAGAGAGUCAAAGGAUGCAGAAAGGGAGGAGAGGAGGGUUGAGGAGGCAGAAUCAGGAGAUUGGAGGGAGAAGGAUUGAGCAGAGGGAAGAGAUUAUAGGAUGGAAGAGGAGAGAGUAGUGGGAGAGAGAGAGCGAAGGUUGCGGCGGCGCAUUACCAUCUGUGUAGGGGCAGAGUGAGUAGUGUUGGAGGAGAGCGAGAGAGAAAAGGAUACAAAGUAGUGGUCUGAGACAUGGAGGGGAGUUGCAGUGAGAUUAGUAGAAGAGCAGCAUCUAGUGAAGAUGAGGUCAAGCGUAUUGCCUGCCUUGUGAGUAGGGGGGGACGGUGAGAGGGUGAGGUCAAAAGAGGAGAGGAGAGGAGUGGAAAGAAGGAGGCAGAGAGAAAUGAGUCAAAUGUAGACGUAGGGAGGUUGAAAUCCCCCAAAACUGUGAGGGGUGAGCCAUCCUCAGGAAAGGAGCUUAUCAAGGCGUCAAGCUCAUUGAUGAACUCUCCAAGGGAACCUGGAGGGCGAUAGAUGACAAGGAUAUUAAGCUUAAAUGGGCUAGUGACUGUGACAGCAUGGAAUUCAAAUGAUGAGAUAGACAGAUGGGUUAGGGGAAAAAUUGAGAAUGUCCACUUGGGAGAGAUGAGGAUUCCUGUGCCACCACCCCUCUGACCAGAUGCUCUCGGGGUAUGCGAGAACACAUGGUCAGACGAGGAGAGAGCAGUAGGAGUAGCAGUGUUUUCAGUGGUAAUCCAUGUUUCCGUCAGCGCCAGGAAGUCGAGGGACUGGAGGGUAGCAUAGGCUGGGAUGAAGUCAGCCUUGUUGGCAGCAGAACGGCAGUUCCAGAGGCUGCCUGAGACCUGGAACUCCAGGUGUGUGGUGCGUGCAGGGACCACCAGGUUAGAGAGGCAGCAGCCACGCGGUGUGAGGCGUUUGUGUAGCCUGUGCGGAGAGGAGAGAACAGGGAUAGGCAGAGGCAAAGUUGACAGGCUGUAGCAAAUGGCUACAAUAAUGCAGAGGAGAUCGGAAUGAAAUGAACUAAACAUCAGGGAAAGGAGAGAGCGGGCCUCCCUCACCACAACUCCCAAAUAUAACUCUCCCAACUUCCACCUCAGAGACUAUAAUUGUUUCACUGAAACACCCGAAUAAAACUCUCCCAACAUCCACUUUAGAAAUUAGAAUUGUUGUAAACUACAGCGGUUCAAUGUUUCAAGGAAUAGAUUCAACUUACUUUAUUCAGCUAGCUAACUAUGACGCCAUAGCUAACUAGCAUGCUAGCAUCCAAUAACACACGGUUUAGCACCAAUACUUGGUUACAACAAACUACCAAUAGUGUGUUAACACACUAAACAGAUCAUUCGUGUCCGUGUCUAGUUCCUUUCAUAACGCAGCAAGAAUUAAACGUUGGCUAGCUAGCACAACGAUAUUGUAUUUAGCUGCUACAGUACUGCUACAGUACUGCUAGCUGGUAGUGUUGGCUAGCUAGCAAUGGCUGCUGUGUUGACUUUGUUUGAAAAACGGCGUCGCUGCGAACGAAUGUAGCUGGCUAAAAGGAUAUUGUAUUUAGUUGCCACAGUACUGCUAACCGGUAGCUGGUAGUGUUGGCUAGCUAGCAAUGGCUGCGGUGUUGACUUUGUUUGAAAAACGGCGUCGCUGCGAACGAAUGUAGCUGGCUAGCUAACCUCGAUAGUUACUCUAUACUACACCUUUAUCUUUGAUACAAAUACAACUAUGUAGCUAGCCAACAUUACACUAAUCAAAUCGUUCCAUUGUAAUGUAAUGUGUCAUAUUACCUGCGGAGCGAAGUACAGCAUGACUACUCACCUCGCCUCACCUCGCCCAAAUCUGCAUUCUGAAGCAGGUUCCCAUUAGGGAUUUGCCUGUUUUUGGCUCCGUUCAUUGUUCGCUUUAUCCUUACCAGUCACCCCGUCCCUGCCGCUGAAAAGCAUCCCCAUAGCAUGCUGCUGCCAUCACCAUGCUUCACGGUAGGAAUGGUGUUAGACGGGUGAUGAGCUGUGCCUGGUUUUCUCAUUCAGGCCAAAUAUAAUUGUUUUUGUCUCAUCAGACCACAGAAUCCUUUGCCUUAUGCUCUGUCUUUCACAUGCCUUUUUGCAAACUCCAGGCUUGCUGUUGUGCCUUUUUCUCAGGAGUGGCUUCCGUCUGGCCACUCUCCCAUAAAGCCCAGAUUGGUGAAGUGCUGUAGAGACUGUUGUCCUUCUGGCAGGUUCUCCCGGCUCAGCCAAGGAACUCUGUAGUUCUGUCAGAGUGGUCAUUGGGUUCUUGGUCAUCUCCCUGACCAAAGUCCUUCUUGCCCUUUUGCACAGUUUGGUUGGAUGGCCAGCUCUAGGCAGAAUAUGGGUAGUUCCAUAUUUUUUCAAUUUACCAAUGAUGGAGACUUUCGAACUUUAAACACUGUAGAAAUUGUUUUAUACCUUUCCUCAGAUAUAUGCCUCAUCAAAAUUCUAUCUCGGAGAUCUACGGACAGUUCCUUGGACUUCAUGGUAUAGUUUUUCUGCUCUGACAUGCACUGUCAACUGUGGGACCUUAUAUAGACGGGUGUGUUUCUUUCUAAAUCAUGUCCAAACAAUUGAAUUGGCCACAGGUGGACUCCAAUCAAAUUGUAGUGAUAUCUCAAGGAAGAUCAAAGGAAAUUGGAUGCACCUGAGCUAGGGCUGUGGCGGUCAUGACAUGUCAGCCGGUUAUUGUCAUGCAAAAGACUGCCGAUCUCACGGUAAUUGACCGUUCAUUAACAUACAUUUACAUUUACGUCAUUUAGCAGACGCUCUUAUCCAGAGCGACUUACAAAUUGGUGCAUUCACCUUAUAGCCAGUGGGAUAACCACUUUACAAAAAAAAUGUGGGUGGGGUAAGGGGGGGGUUAGAAGGAUUACUUUAUCCUAUCCCAGGUGUUCCUUAAAGAGGUGGGGUUUCAAAUGUCUCCGGGAGGAGGUGAGUGACUCCGCUGUCCUGGCGUCGUGAGGGAGCUUGUUCCACCAUUGGGGUGCCAGGGCAGCGAACAGUUUUGACUGGGCUGAGCGGGAACUGUGCUUCAGCAGAGGUAGGGGAGCCAGCAGGCCAGAGGUGGAUGAACGCAAUGCCCUCGUUUGGGUGUAGGGACUGAUCAGAGCCUGAAAGUACGGAGGUGCCGUUCCCCUCACAGCUCCGUAGGCAAGCACCAUGGUCUUGUAGCAGAUGUGAGCUUCAACUGGAAGCCAGUGUAGUGUGCAGAGGAGCGGGGUGACGUGAGAGAACUUGGGAAGGUUGAACACCAGACGGGCUGCGGCAUUCUGGAUGAGUUGUAGGGGUUUAAUGGCACAGGCAGGGAGCCCAGCCAACAGCGAGUUGCAGUAAUCCAGACGGGAGAUGACAAAUGCCUGGAUUAGGACCUGUGCCGCUUCCUGUGUAAGGCAGGGUCGUACUCUCCAAAUGUUGUAGAGCAUGAACUUACAGGAUCGGGUCACCGCCUUGAUGUUAGCGGAGAACGACAGGGUGUUGUCCAGGGUCACGCCAAGGCUCUUCACACUCUGGGAGGAGGACACAACGGAGUUGUCAACCGUGAUGGCGAGAUCAUGGAACGGGCAGUCCUUCCCCGGGAGGAAGAGCAGCUCCGUCUUGCCAAGGUUCAGCUUGAGGUGGUGAUCCGUCAUCCAUACUGAUAUGUCUGCCAGACAUGCAGAGAUGCGAUUCGCCACUUGGUUAUCAGAAGGGGGAAAGGAGAAGAUUAGUUGUGUGUCGUCUGCGUAGCAAUGAUAGGAGAGGCCAUGUGAGGAUAUGACAGAGCCAAGUGACUUGGUGUAUAGUGAGAAUAGGAGAGGGCCUAGAACUGAGCCUUGGGGGACACCAGUGGUGAGAGCACGUGGUGCAGAGACAGCUUCUCGCCACGCCACUUGGUAGGAGCGACCGGUCAGGUAGGACGCAAUCCAAGAGUGAGCCGCGCAGGAGAUGCCCAGCUCGGAGAGGGUGGAGAGGAGGAUCUGAUGGUUCACAGUAUCAACGGCAGCAGACAGGUCUAGAAGGACAAGAGCAGAGGAGAGAGUUAGCUUUAGCAGUGCGGAGAGCCUCCGUGACACAGAGAAGAGCAGUCUCAGUUGAAUGACCAGUCUUGAAACCUGACUGGUUUGGAUCAAGAAGGUCAUUCUGAGAGAGAUAGCAAGAGAGUUGGCUAAAGACGGCACGCUCAAUAGUUUUGGAGAGAAAAGAAAGAAGGGAUACUGGUUUGUAGUUGUUGACAUCAGAGGGAUCUAGUGUUGGUUUUUUGAGAAGGGGUGCAACUCUCGCUCUCUUGAAGACGGAAGGGACAUAGCCAGCGGUCAAGGAUGAGUUGAUCAGCGAGGUGAGGUAAGGGAGAAGGUCACCGGAGAUGGUCUGGAGAAGAGAGGAGGGGAUAGGGUCAAGCGGGCAGGUUGUUGGGCGGCCGGCCGUCACAAGUCGCAAGAUUUUAUCUGGAGAGAGAGGGGAGAAAGAAGUCAAAGCAUAGGGUAGGGCAGUGUGAGCAGGACCAGCAGUGUCAUUUGACUUAACAAACGAGGAUCGGAUGUCGUCAACAUUCUUUUCAAAAUGGUUGACGAAGUCAUCCACAGAGAGGGAGGAGGGGGGCGGAGGGGGAGGAGGAUUCAGCAGGGAGGAGAAGGUGGCAAAGAGCUUCCUAGGGUUAGAGGCAGAUGCUUGGAAUUUACAUCUCCGGGCCUCCACGCAAUCAAGCUGCAUGCAAGCCGCUGAUGCGCACCUUUUAACAUCAUCAUUUAAAAAAAAAAAGUAUAAUAAAUCCAUUUCAUAUACACAAUCACAGUAAACCCAUUCUUUAUUUUAGUCAGGUCUAAAGAAACAAUAUGAUAUGAAGAAAAUGUAUUUCAGUUGAAGAGAAUGAGUUGGCUACUGUAUGUUAUCUGGCUAUGCUCCAUGCCAUAGUCUGUAGGCUUGUUCAUUUAGCUGACCAGAUGUGCCAUUAUUUAAUAUUAUAUGAUUUUAUAGUGAGAAGAAUAUAAUUGAACUUAGCUGAAUAAAAUAGAAAGGAUAUUUCUCCCAUUCCGGAGACAGUGCGCACAUGAAGUGUAAAUGUGAUCAUUUGAAACAGGUCCUAUAUGUUAGAUUUUAGAGUUAUUUGGCAACUUCAGUUGUGAAUGAUACAAACCUUAGAAUGUUUUAGAAAUCAAAACGUAUAUGGGCAGCAUGAUGCGACUAUAGGCUGUUGAUGAUUUGAGAAAGCCGCUCUGUUCCUUGCCUGAGGCUGCACAGCUGUUCUCUGAGCAAGUGAUUAUAUUUUCACCCAUCAUACUAUUCUCAAUUACAUUUUCUUUACUAAUAUCUAAAAUUAGUUUAGAUUUAGAAUGGCCCAUAAUCAAAUGUGCAGGGCAGGGGGGAAAAAGACACGUCAUCUGGAUGCACUCGAAUAGCGAAUGGAGGCUGCACGCUUUCCCACUGUAAAUCUGUUAUUUCACUCCACACAUCAACCACUGUUUGAGGAGCUGCGCGACAGGUGAUAUUCCGCCCAAAAUCUGUAUGGCACUUAUCUACUUCCCCAGAGCCAGAUGAACCUGUGGAUACCAUUUUUAUGUCUCUGUGUCCAAUAUGGAGGAAGUUAGAGGUAGUUUCGCAAGCCAAUGGUAACUAGCAUUAGCACAAUAAUGGAAGUUUAUGCUAGCAGAUACCCAUAGACUUCCAGUCAUUGCGCUAGUGCUAGUUAGCAUUUGCGCUGGCGCUAGUUAGCAACUUCCUUCAAACUGCACGCAGAGACAUAAAAAUGGUAUCCAUGAGUUCAUUGGACUCUGCGGAAGUAGAUAAAGGGCCUCCGACACCAAAAUCCCAAAGUAUCCCUUUAAAUGCAGAGCUUGCCUGGUGAUGAUUCCUUGUUACUAUGGUGAUCAACAACCUGUAAUAACUGCAAUAAUAAAAUAACCUUGGUUUUGUUUUUUUCCUCUGCAGUAACAAAGAACAACCUGUCUGUACAUGAGGAUAAGAACAGGGUGCCCUAUGUCAAGGUGAGGCACAGGUUUAUUUAUGGUCAAGUGAACCAAACAUCUAUUAUGGUACCAUAGAUUAGAUAGAUAGAUUGAUUGAUGAACGUUUGGUCAGGGGGAUGAAUCGAUAGAAGACAGAUCAGUAGAUGUAGAUAAUGAUGGAUUGCCUAUAGAUCAAUAGGGAGAAUGGUUGUGGGUCACAUGGCACGCAAUUCCCUUUGUAGUGCACUACUUUUGAUAUAUGGGCGCUAGUCAAAUGUAGUGCACUAUAGGGAAUAGGGUGCUAUUUCGGAUGCAUCCUCUGUGUUGGUUGGAGAAAGUUAAAGAGCUUACAAUACCGAUCUAACUUCCUGAUUGUCCCAGACUUUAAUGCCAAUGUUAUCAAAAAAUGUAUUCAUAAUCGCCUCUUUGUCUAUGAACGUCUACCAUGUCAAAUGAAAAGUGGUUCCUUGGUUCUUUGUGUGUCCCCCAGGGGUGUACCGAGCGCUUUGUGUGCAGCCCCGAUGAGGUCAUGGAUACUAUUGACGAGGGCAAAUCCAACCGGCACGUUGCCGUCACAAGUGAGUCAGUCCAACACUGGGUCUGUUUCAGUCCCUCCUGCUUCUCAUGGGUUCAUCCUCAUCCUCACAGGCUGGCCUCACAGGAUCUCCUGAUCAACCAAGACAAUCUCACACAGCAGUCCCAGGCUACGUCCUAAAUGGCACCCUAUUCCCUUGAUAGGGACUACUUUUGACCAGGGCCCAUAGGGGAAUAGGGUACCAUUUGGGAUGCAAAUAUAGGGAAUAGGAUGCAAUUACACAUCAUUACAUAAUUAGGACCAGGAGUUUUUCUGACCAGGAACCAGGAAAAACUAUAGACCCAAGUUAUGCUACAGUAAAAGUUUUCUCAAGACAGAGAAAUUUAAACAUUUGCUGAGCGGUCCAACUGAAAGUGAAACAUUACGACACUGAUGCUAGUUAUCAAAGAUGUUCUUGAUGUUGACAUUUUUUAAUGAAUAAAUGUUGCUUAAUUCAUAAUGGCCAUCAAGAUCUCUGUUUCUGUUGGCAUUAGAUGUAUUAUGUGUUAACGCUCGUGUCUGUUCCAGACAUGAACGAGCACAGCUCCAGAAGUCACAGCAUCUUCCAGAUCAACGUGAAGCAGGAGAACACUGCUACAGAGCAGAAACUCAGCGGCAAGCUCUACCUCGUCGAUUUGGCCGGGAGUGAAAAAGUAUGUCUCCGUCUUUUUAUUUUUCUCUCUGUGCCUUCCUUCCUGUGUCCCGGUCAUUCACCCUUUUUCAGAAGUAUUUUUUGCAUGGAUUUUACAAUGGCGGUAACACACUCCAGCCAGUGCUUACGCCAAUCCUAUGCUUUUAAAUGCAUGACGGUGAGAUUGCAUGGUCACACUUCUGGAAAAUGGGUGGGAAUAUCAGGACGUAGCUUAAGCCAGGGAUCAUCAACUAUAUUCCGCCACAGGGUGUUUUUUUCUUUUUUCUUGAGUGGAUGUUCAGGGUGCCGGAACAUAAUUACAAAUAAUUUGUAGACUACAAAUUGACAGCAAGAAACCCAAACAGAUAUAAUACCUGACUAAAACAUAAUCAUUUCAAACCUUGCUUACAUUUGUAUACAAUCAUAUACAGUAUAUCUCUCUAUUAUGCGUGGGAAUAUAACUUUUUUUUAACUUGUGGGGCCAAAUAAAAACGCCCGCGGGCUUCCAGUUGGGGAACCCUGGCAUAAGCCUUUCUUUCUUUCUGUCUACUUCUCCUCCGUUUCCUCCCUUUCCCUUCUCCGUCUUAGUGUUUAAGUUCAUCACAUUCACUUCUGCACAAUGCCUGCUUUCUCCUACUGGCACUGUACUGUAGAUAUAGCCUAACACGCUGCUAUUGAUUUGAACAUUAACAAAUUAACAAACUAGCCUACCACAUCGAAGGCCAUGGAUUAGCAUCCUGUCCAGGGGGUGUGCUUGUACCUCAAGCUGCCUCACGCUACAGAAACGGGUGAUAGGCUUCUGCCCUAUAGGCUGUUCUGGCUCGGACAAGGCUACUUACUUGUACCACCACAUCUUGGAUCGCCUCGAGUCUUUAGCACAUCUGUUGUUACUCAUUACUCACACGACAACAGCAGUAAUCGGUGUAUUAUUAAUCUGAUGAUAAUCCACAGGAUGGCAUUAAGAUCAAGCAAAGCCAUUAACAUGCUUUGUGGCCCUCUUUCAUAAUCCGUUUUUGUUACAUCAAUGUUUGUUGUGGUCUCCUGUAUCUUCUUUGUUAAGACUUUAGUGUGUUUUGGCAGCAUUAUCUACCUUAAUCAGGUAUGGGCUGUGUACCAAAAUGGCACUGUAUCCCCUACAUAGUGCACAUGGCACCCUCAGUUUUUCCCCUAGGAUUUUUUUCAGCAGCGGCGGUAAAGGUACCGCAGGGUACCUUUUUAGUAGAAGGACUGUGAGAAGGUCACUUCUGGUGACUUUUUAACAGGACAUUCUACUCAAAUGCAUGAAAAUGUAAUUAUGUUGACACCAUCUGAAAUAUAAGUGAUGGGCGCCGCUGCACUAUAGGGAGAUGAGGAGCAAGCGGUGGCUGUACGCUCGUGGCCCUUAUUUGCGCCACUGCUCGCUCAUUUUGCAACAAAUAUACGUUUUAACUUGUCACUCUGACCUUAAAGGAAUAGUGUGAGAUUUUGGCAAUCAAGCUGUUUUUUUUCUGCUUUCCCAGAGUCAGAUGAACUCAUGGUAACCAUUUAUUUGGGGUGGCAGGUAGCGUUGGGCCAGUAAAGGUCACUGGUUCGAAUCCCCGAGCCAACUAGUUGAAACAUCUGUCUGUGCCCUUGAGCAAGGCACUUAUCCCUAAUUAGUCCUGUAAGUCGCUCUGGAUAAUCGCUCAGAAUCAAGCACUAAAAGCACAUCUGGCAGAAAUAAUUAAAGGGGCAGUGCAGUUAAACCUGAUAUACUUUUUUUAAUGAUAUUUCCACACAGGUCAAAAUAACACUGAAAUUGUGAAAAUGAUAAUGCCCUUUUUGUGUAAGAGCUGUUUGAAAAAAAAUACUGGAAUUUCAGCUUGUUCAGGUGGAAUCAAACUUUUUGUCCCACAUCAUGACGUCACAAUGUGAUCUGAUUAUAAUAGACCAAUGACUGUUCAUCUUGGUAAGGGGGUGGGCUCUACACAUCCUAUCAGCCAAUCAGGGCUGUGUAUGUAAAUAUCUUCAAACUUGUUCAAACGCCCACACGAUCAGACUGAGCAUUUGAAGGGCCAAAGGAGGCUCAGGGAAAUAAAUGAUCAAAUAUAUUUUAGAUUUAUUUUCAUUAAAUAAAAAGUGAUUUAUUAGACAUACAGUGAUUUAAACAUACAAUUACGAUGACUGCAUGGGGGAUAUUUGUUUUGUGUGUGGUGGCAACGAUUUAGCAGUGGCGGGCACUGCUGCUAAAUGAAUAUAGGGGAAACACUGGCACUCUUUUCCCUAUAUAGUGUACUACUUUUUACAACAGUAGUGCACUAAAUCGGGAAUAGGGUGCCAUUUAGGAUGCAGUCAUGUUUAUCUUAGAAUUUUCAGAUCUAAUGUGAUCUCAAGUGAUAUGAUCUGGUACUAGUGUUGUCAUGAGAGCAUGUGUGGUUUAUUGUGAUCUCCUAAAAUUGUGUGUGUGUGUGUGUGUAGGUGGGUAAAACUGGAGCGGAAGGUGCGGUGCUGGAAGAAGCUAAAAACAUCAACAAGUCUCUGUCUGCACUGGGCAACGUCAUCUCUGCUCUGGCUGAAGGCUCGGUGAGAUGACAGUAACACUCCACUCUGCUCCCUUGGUGCUGGGGAGAAUGAUUGUGUCCCGAAUGGCACCCCUAUCCCUUAUGUAGUGUACUUUUGAAAAGUAGUGCAGUAUGUAGGGAAUAGGUGCCAUUUGGGACUCAGAUGUCAACAAACAGCUGUUCUAGCAAUAGGGGAGGAGAUGGGGUACAUAUUGGAAAAAUACAUAUUUUUCUAACGAGGACAUUUUGGAAUUAUGGGGGGGGGGAUAUGGUAAAUAUGCAUGUCAAGCACAAAAGCACCAUACACAUCUUACCAUAAGUCAAAGAUGCGGCAAACGCUUAUAAAAUGUACGUUUUCAGUGAGUUGGCUAGAUUGCACACACAGAUCUGGGACCAGGCUUUCAUUUAUUACCCUCCAGGACAAAGUGAUUAGUGUUGUAGAUUGACUGUGAAGCUCAUGUCCCUCUCCCCUCCUCUCUUCAGACCUAUGUCCCAUACAGAGACAGUAAGAUGACCCGUAUCCUGCAGGACUCUCUGGGUGGUAACUGUAGGACCACCAUGGUCAUCUGUGCCUCGCCCUCCGCCUACAAUGAGGCUGAGACCAAGUCCACACUGAUGUUCGGACAGAGGUACGCUCUCAGCGCCUGGACUGUAUAUUAGUGGUUCUCAACCUUUUUUGGUUACUGUACCCCCAAUAACAUUUUAAUCUGCCCAAAGUACCCCCUCUAUACAACUGAUCAUUAGGUCUAUGUUCUUCGGUCAUGGCUAGAAGGGAUCCAGCUUUUGUCAAAUUAACGUCAGAUUUGACUUUUCGUAGCAGGUUAGGUGAACUUAUGCUGCAGGUUAGGAUAAUUAAUGAGCGAAUUAAUGAGUUGCCCUUCGUGCCCGCUCCCAUACCCUAUAAUUCUGUAUCUCUUUGUGACUAAUUUGUAUACAGGAAGACCAGAAAAGCCACAUCCCUGAUUGGCAGAUGGGUGGCAACCCUGAUUAGAAGCACCUGCUGCUCAUCUGUUCUUGAGACAUGCUGUUUUGAAUUAAAUAAAAUUGUACCUACACACUGAAGGCUGUAAAGCCGAAACGUCUGUGUACGCUAUCGCUGAUGCAGUAAAAAAGUUUAAAACAUUGACUAAUGAAGUAAGCUUUGUGCGACAUCUUUUUGAGUGCGAACCCAUUACACCUCUUUGUUUAGGAUAAUUAAUGUAGCAGGUUAGGAGAAUUAGGUUAGUGUUAGCUAAAAUGCAAAAAAGAAUUGACUUUUGCUGUUAAUUUGGCAAAAGCUGGAUACCAUCUAGCCAUGACCAUGUUCUUCUGAGUCUUCCCAAGUACCCUGGUGUGGAUCGGCCAGGUACCCCCAUUUCUACUAUUAACUCUGAGUUGAGAAACAAUGCUGUAAAUGACCCAGAACCAACAGUGGCCCCCUGUAGCUCAGUUGGUAGAGCAUGGCGCUUGCAACGCCAGGGUUGUGGGUUCGUUUCCCACGGGGGGGCCAGUAUGAAAAAUGUAUGCACUCACUAACUGUAAGUCGCUCUGGAUAAGAGCGUCUGCUAAAUGACUAAAAUGUAAAUGUAAAAAUGUGUUAAAGUCAGUCAGUGGACGGAAGUGUUAUAAAUGUCAAUUGAAUGAAGGUACCACAGAAUUAAAUAGAACGGGUGAAUUAUUGGUUCUCUAUGCUUAGUAUGUUAGCCAUGGCUGUGAUAGCAUAAAUGUACUGCAGUGAAGUCUGUAUGCUUUAUGAGUGGUCGGAAGUGGUUGCCUUGCCAAACACACUCCCACUCUGAAAGGUAACCGUUGUUGCUGUAACUUUUGUUGCUGUUGUUGUGUUACCUCAGAGCAAAGACCAUUAAGAACACAGUGUGUCUGAAUGUGGAGCUGACGGCAGAACAGUGGAAGAAGAAGUAUGAAAGAGAAAAGGUGAAGAACACGACCCUGAGGAGCACCGUCACCUGGCUGGAGAACGAACUCAACCGCUGGAGAAACGGUGAGAGAGAAAAUACGUAAUUAUUCAGUUGGUGUUCUAGGAUAAUUGAUUAUAUCAUGAAUAACGCUCGUGUCCUAUUUUAGGAUUAAACAGGGUCGCGGAAACCGCGUUUAGAGUAAACCGUUUCCGUUGCAAAAUAGUUUGUGACGGUGUGCACUAAUAAAUACGACCCAGAAAAGUGUUGUGUAGAUACCACAGAAGCUGACUUUCUUCUCUAACCAGGGCCUAAAAUGAACUUUUAUGUCCACCAGCCACUGUGGCAGGUAGAUGAAAAAAUCUGAUUUUUUUUUAACAGCCAAAAUAUUUGUUUGCCAUAAUUACAUUUAAAAAUAAACUAAACGGAUGAUCAUGUUUUGUAAUGUUUCUAAAACAAGACAAGUAAUGUGGUAUAUUGUUCAAUUUUAUAAAAAUGUUUGUGAUCUAAGUCUCUUUAACAAAAUGUUCAGAUGUCCCUUUAAGGGCGGGAGGUUACUGUGGUAACAGGGCCACUUGAGUCGUGUCAUCUGUGACUGUGAGAUUUAGGAUCUGACUAGGGCGUCUCUUCGCUACCAGUUGAAGCAGCACAAUCAAACUAACGUUGAAAAACAACCAUACUUGUGAACAAAACGAUGUAAAUAGCCAAGAAACAUGAGGACAAAGUCUCACUUUGUAGACUUUAUAGUAAAUUAGACCAACUUUUAUGCCUGUGCACAGCACCUCCAAAAAUGAAUCUAUCAGCACUUCACUCAGAGCGCACAGCUCUCCCGCCAGGCAGUGUUGCUGCCUGAGGUGGGAUGUAGGAUUCAUAUUUCUUUGUGCGAUUAGCAGCUUUGAAACAAAACAGCAGAAAUACUUUGAAAAAGGCUACUGCAGCAUUUUUCUACAAUGGAUAGCAACUCGCACGUGCUCAUACUUAACUUUUGACUAUUUUUAUUUGCGAAUGUAAUGCUCGCAUUGUAGAGCACUGCAAAUUGACCACCCGCCAACGUGUCUGGUAAAAUAGACAUUCUUACCAAUGCCUAAAUCUACCCACAUUUGGCGGGUGUUAAUUUUAUGCCCUGUCUCUAACCCUGUCUGCCUGUGUCCUUGUCUCCCUCCCUCAAUCCCCCCCUCCAUCCUUGCCCCUCCUUCCUUCCCCUCCCUCCCUCCCUUCCCCUCCCUCCCUCCCUCCCCUCCCUCCCUCCACUCCCCUCCCUCCAUCCCUUCCCCUCCCCUCCCUCCAUCCCUUCCACUCCCCUCCCUCCAUCCCUUCCACCCCUCCACCAUCCCUGCCACCCCACCCCUCCCUCCCUCAUCCCUCUGUGCUGCCUCCUGUAGGUGAGAGUGUGCCGGUGGAGGAGCAAUUUGACAAGGAGAAGGCUAAUGCUGAGGUCCAAGCUCUAGACAACGUGGUGAACAAUGAGAAGAUGGCCCCCUCGCCCAGCAUCCCAGGGGUUAAACUGACCGAUGCAGAGAAGGAGAAGUGUGAGGCUGAGCUGUCUAAACUCUACAAGCAGCUGGAUGAUAAGGUAAGGGAGCAGAGCUUAACACUGCAACUCCCUAGAUUCUAUCUAGACAGUGACGUUGUACACACUGAGGUGCCACAGAGAUUUCCAUGAGGUAGUCAUUUAAAAUAUUAUGUUUUAUUGAGGAUUUUGGUUUCCCUUGACAACAACACUUUGGUCUCAACAACACCCUUACCAUCUCUCUCUCUCUCGCUCUCUCCCUCCUCUCUCUCUCUCUCUCUCUCUUGCUCUCUCUCCCUCCUCUCUCUCUCUCUCCAUCAGGAUGAUGAGAUCAACCAGCAGAGCCAGCUGGCAGAGAAACUGAAGCAGCAGAUGCUGGACCAGGAGGAGGUGAGCCCCCCCUACUGCCACAUACAGACCCCUGCCGUGCCUCUACUGCCCCCUUGCCGGGCCAUUCUGUUAACUAGGCCAUCAGUCUGCCUGGACAGGCUCAUCAGGGCCAAGAGAGGGGGUCAGACUGUUAACCCAGACAAAGCCGGGUUAAAAAGGCACCUAUCAGCCUACUGCUAGAGCCUGGGGAGAAUCGGACAUCUAAAGCAUGAAACACCGAUAGGUACUUAUCACAGUGGGAGGCCCUUACUUCUCUUGCUAGAACAAAAGCGGUACCUGCUGCAUGCUGACCCGGUGGAGACGAACCUACCGUUUCUACUUGUCAGUUGCCAACAUCUUGACUUUGAGUCAAUCAGAGAGCACAAACCCCCAUGUGGGGGUGCUGACAAAAUAGGGGAUUUUCUCCGUACAUCCACGGAUGAGCUAGUCACACUAAAUAUGCAAUGUAGGCUAUGGAAUGGUAGCUAGCUAAGUGCACAGAUGCAAAGCACAAAACACUAAAUACUUCCUCCAAGCUCGCUAACCACUAGUAUUGACAUAAUUAAAUCACAAUGGAUUAGCUAGUUUCCAUGAAACAGCUGCCUGUGUUAGCUGCCGAGUUAGUGCAGUGUCCUUAGCUAGCUAGCUUUCUACAAAAUAGCAACAUUGGCGCAGAUAGCUUGGAAUCCAGACCAUAAGCGAUACGCACGGAUAAACAUUGCCAAACAACGCUAGUGCCAUCUUCUAGUUUGGAGUAUUUUAACAAGGCUGAGUGGCUGACGACUUCCAAGGUCUUUGUGGUGUGAACACAAAAGAGAUUGACUGCCGACACUCAAACACUUGACAAUCCUACAGUGUAUCUGAGCUUUAACACUGUCUCUGUCUCAACUCAGCCUUCAGUAGACUGGAUUUUAAUUACAGAUGAAUAUUCAGAAUGAGUAGGGACUUAUUAAUGGCUACCCCCAGCCCUGGGUUGUGUUCAGUAGGGCACAACGUAGCAUAAUGUUCUGCAACAAAGCAUACAUCUUCUUAUUAGACAAGAUCAGGUAAUACCUCCCACCUACCUGUUUCGAAACAUUUUCUCCCUACUGAACACAACCCUGUGUUCCUUCUCCAGCUGCUGUCCUCGUCACGUCGUGACCAUGACAACUUGCAGGUAGAGCUGAACCGUCUGCAGUCUGAGAACGAGGCGUCCAAGGAGGAGGUGAAGGAGGUGCUGCAGGCCCUGGAGGAGCUGGCUGUUAACUAUGACCAGAAGAGCCAGGAGGUGGAGGACAAGACCAAGGAGUUUGAGGCUCUCAGUGAGGAGCUCAACCAGAAAUCGGUUGGUUUUAUUUUCAGUUACGUGUUACACAAUGUUACAUGUUGGAAAUUUGAUAAAACUUUCAUUUAAAGAAGGAGAAAACAAAUUCCUUCACAAACUAAACUCACCUUGGUUGAUGACUAUGUGCCAACUAUUGCAGGUAGAACAUAAAUAGAUAUGGAGAAUAAUGAAUGACAAUAUGAUAUGAACUGAAUAUAUGAAAUUAUAUGAAUUUGACGUUUGUACCUGUAACACCCCAUACUCCCAUUAACUACAGCCACAUAGUCAAAAUGGAUUAUAUUGUAAAAAUUAAUGAAAACAAAAAAUCAGAAGAACAUUUUUGAAAUAGGUGGGGUUUAUGACUUUAUGGCUGUGGUAACUAGUGACAACCAGGCACAACUCUGAUAUAAAGUGUUUUUUGUCAAAGUUACCGGGAUGUCUUGUGUCCUACUUCUAUCAGUACACACAGCCUAAUCAUUACCAAACUGCUAUUCAAUUUUUUUCUUCAUCAAAUUCGACACUCAAUGACCUCCAUACAUCCAGCUACCUGCUGGAGAAAGAUUUUGGGCGUAGUUAUCCCUCUUGCUUCUUCCUCUUUGGUCAUUCACAAACUUAACUCACCUUGGUUGAUCACUAUGUGCCAACUAUCACAACCUAAGGGGGGGGGGAGUACUGCUGGUUUUCUUUGCUCCCUGAUUAAUUGAUUGUCACUGAUUUAGCUAGAGUGUACACAGCUAGUGUCUGAGGUCGGCUGUUGAAUCAUUAAGUCCCUGAUUUAGAAGAAAGUAACGAUACCCAGAAGUGUUUUGAAAUCAACCUGUACUGUUUGUCCUCCUCAGAGUAUCCUGGUGUCCAUUGACUCUGAGCUGCAGAAGCUGAAGGAGAUGACCAACCACCAGAAGAAGAGGGUCACUGAGAUGAUGUCAUCGCUGCUCAAAGACCUGGUAGAGAUCGGCAUCGCCGUGGGCAGCAACGACAUCAAGGUACGCAUCAUCAUUCAGUGCCACGCCAGCCAGUCAUGGAAGGGAAGCCUAGAAUUGGGAUACUUUUUGGGGAUUCCAGGGAAGAGGGGGAGCCUGUGUGGCUCUUAUAAGUAUCAUGUAACCUCAUCCCAAACCAUACGUAACCUCAUCUCAAACCAUACAUAACCUCAUCCCAAACAUACGUAACCUCCUCCUAAACUAUGCAUUAGUUACAUUGUCUGAUGCAUGUCUUUUGCACGGUGACAUUUGAGUCUAACAUUUGUGCCUUUACCUCGUCUCCUCCCCCUUUCCCCCCUCCCAGCAACACGAGGGCAGUGGUCUGAUAGACGAGGAGUUCACGGUGGCUCGUCUGUACAUCAGUAAGAUGAAGUCAGAGGUGAAGACCAUGGUGAAACGCAGCAAGCAGCUGGAGAGCACCCAGGCCGAGAGCAACCAGAAGAUGGACGAGAACGAGAAGGAGCUGGCCGCCUGUCAGCUACGCAUCUCCCAGGUAACCAACGUCACCUGGAACAAGAGGGCUCGGGAGAGGGUGUCACAGGGUGGCUGUCACUCAAAUUAAAAUCGAAUCACUUCUAUUUCAAUUCAGUGAAUGAAAAGCAAUGAGUAACAUUUGGAUAGGGAAUGGGGUUACAGUUUACCUCCUGAAUUCACUGAAUUGAAAUGAAAUCUACCCCAACCCUGGUUCCAUGUAUUGCUCCAUUUUCACUUUCUCUCUCUCCCCCUCAAGCACGAGGCUAAGAUCAAGUCCCUGACAGAGUACCUUCAGAACGUGGAGCAGAAGAAGAGACAGCUGGAGGAGAACGUAGACUCUCUGAAUGAGGAGCUGGUCAAGAUCAGCACUCAGGGUGACUACAACCGCUUUAAUUUAUAAUUUAUUCAUCCUUUAUUCAAAUAGGAAGACCUGUCCCCAAGAAGGCACAUCACACAUUCGUUAUUGAAAUGUGUAUUUUUAUAUAUUAUUUUUACAAACCCAUGGACACAUUUGGCUACAGGUUGACACCCAGCUUUUCAACAGCAGGGCUCGACAUUCAGGUACAUUUUCCAGUGGUACAUGGGUCAGUGCCAACUGAAAGCUACUGGCCCGAUAAUUAUUUUAAUAAUACCGGCCCGGGUCCAGAUCUGACUGGAAAGCGAAUGGUGUACAUCAUUUCAAUAGCAGGUGAUUUUAUCUUUCAUUUGUGGGCUGAGCAAGUAGGCUAUACAGGGUUCAUACAGACAUUGGUAAGUCAAAUUCAAGGACUUUCAAUACAUUUUUCAAGUACUUAAUUGUAAUUUUCAAGGACCUACAUUUUAUAUGUAAUUGUUGUAAUAGCCUAUAGAAAAAAAGUAUGCAUUACCACUUUAAGAAUAAUUAAUAUUUUUAUAGGCCUACCCAAUGGCAUUAUGCAUUGACGUUCACAUUAUUUAAACAUUCUAAAAUAUGUCAGAAUGUGGGCAAUGCCUGGCUAAAUAGACAGCAUGCUCCCGACACAAACACUCUAUGAAGCCUGUCCAUGUGGUAGCUAGUCAGUCUUGCCAUUUGAGAUGUUGAUGAGUUAUUGAGGGGUUAUUGUAUCAUGUUUUAAAAUGAGAAAGCGACCCCAAAAAACGUGUUCCCUUUGUAAUAGAACGCUUUGUAUGGAAAACCAAGUUGAAGCCAACAUUUGACGUCGUCUUGCUCAUAAUAACUGCAACAGGUUAGCGCAACACCCUUCAAUUGAAACGGCGGAAAACAAAUGAAAACGGCUACAUCUCGCCGUUUUGAGCCCUGAAAUGAAAUCACAGAAUAGUUAUACUGUACAAAAAUAUAAACGCAACAUUCAAUGGUUUUACUGAGUUACAGUUCAUUUAAGGAAAUCAGUCAAUUUAAAUACAUUCCUUAGGCCCUAAUCUAUGGUUUUCACAUAACUGGGCAGAGGCGCAGCCAUGGGUGGGCCAGGGAGAGCAUAGGCACACACACUGGGAAGCCAGGCCCAGCCAAUCAGAAUAAGUUUUUCCCCACAAAAGGGCUUUAUUACAGACCGAACUACUCCUCAAUUUCAUCAGCUGUCCAGGUGGCAGGUGAAAAAGCCGGAUGUGAAGGUCCUGGCGUGGUUACACAUGGUCUGCGUUUCUCUAAAACAAAGUUGGAGGCGGCUUAUGGUAGAGAAAUUAACAUUAAUUCUCUGGCAACAACUCUGGUGGACAUUCCUGCAGUCAGCAUGCCAAUUACAUGCUCCCUCAAAACAUGAGACAUCUGUGGCAUUGUGUUGUGACAAAACUGCACAUUUUAGAGGGGCCUUUUAUUGUCCCCAGCACAAGGUGCACCUGUGUAAUGAUCAUGCUGUUUAAUCAGCUUCUUGAUAUGCCACACUUGUCAGGUGGAUGGAUUAUCUUGGCAAAGGAGAAAUGCUCACUAACAGCGAUCUUAACAAAAUUGUGCACCAAAUUUGAGAGAAAUAUGCUUUUUGUGCGUAUGGAAAAUGUCUGAUCUUUUUAUUUCAGCUCAUGAAACAUGGGAUCAACACUUUACAUGUUGCGUUUAUAUUUUUAUUCAGUAUAUUUUGGAGCUGUAGAACUUCUAAAUCGGCUACCAUAACUUCAAUGUCUUUUCAAGGACCCAAAUAGCCUAGAGAAAAUGUCAGAUUUUUAAGGUAGGCUAUUCCAAGAUUCAACCAAUAUUUUUUACUUUUUAAAUACCUGGUUUGCAUACCCAUUCUUGCCUUAGUAUUUACUGGUAGAUAUCAUAACUUGGAACAUCUUUUGAAUCAAUUUUAUAUCUUAGAUUACAAAACAAAAAUCACUGGCCCGAGCGUGCCAAGGACUGGGAUGAUCGAUUGACCCGGAGGGUUUCCAAAACCUCCCCGGGCCAGCGGGCAGCCCUGUAUGUCGAGCCCUGAACAGUAUAGUGCUAUCUAGUGGUGAAAUGAUUGCUGACACACAUCUACUUUUCUCCCCUCACAGAGAAAGUCCAGGCUAUGGAGAAGGAGAAUGAGGUCCAAACUGCAACUGAAGUAAAGGUAAUGACCAACAGUGGAUUUCUCCUGACAGGCUAUUCUUUCCUCACUUGAUAACUGAUAAUUCCGAUUAUUCAAACUUUAUGUGUUGGUAAUCAGUUGUAUUUGUGUACAAGAUUCUCCAUGAUUGUAUGUUUUGAAUCCUGUAUGGGCCAAAUAUACUCAAUAUAUAUCUUUGUCAAAGGUUACUGCUAUGAAAGUCCCUUUAGAUAAGUGUCUGCUAAAAAUACUAUUAUUUUGUGUUGGUACUCAGUUUUCAUAUAUUUGUUGGUCACUAGUUGUAUAUGUGUCCGUUGAUCCUAGGAGGCGGUUGAGCAUCAGAUCCAGUCUCACCGUGAGGCCCAUCAGAAACAGAUCAGCAGCCUGAGAGACGAGCUGGACAACAAGGAGAAACUCAUCACUGAGCUCCAGGAGUAAGGGAACACACGCACAAUCAUUCCUUGAGGCUCAUCGGACACAAAAAUGACGUAUGGAACAACUGUUCUUUUGUAGUUAGUUGCCGUCUCUGUCUCACUACGUCUGGAUCUGUCUCUCUCCAGUCUGAACCAGGAGAUCAUGCUGGAACAGGAGCGUCUGAGGGUGGAGCACGAGAAGCUCAAGUCCACCGACCAGGAGAAGAGCCGCAAGCUGCACGAGCUCACGUACGUAAACACACAUCCAGUUGCCAUCGUACACACACAAUCGAUAUUCACACAAAAAGGUGUCCUUAGCUGAUUUGCCUGCAUAAAUAAGAAGAAAUACAUGACUAAUGUCUGCAGCCAUAUGAACAGCUGUGACGUGGCAAUGGGGAAUCACUGAUCUGGUUUUGUGUGUGUGUUACAGGGUGAUGCAGGACAGGAGAGAGCAGGCCAGACAAGACUUGAAGGGGCUGGAGGAGACUGUGGCUAAGGAGCUUCAGACGCUACACAACCUCAGAAAGCUGUUUGUUCAGGACCUGGCUACCAGAGUCAAGAAGGUAAAACGCACUGAGUUAGCUUUUUACAAGCCAGAGAUGCACCUUUCCCCCCCCUCAUUAUCAUUUUAGAAAGACCAAGAAGGAACCAUAUGAAUCAGUUACUUUAUCAGCCCUGUAAUGCACAACGUUCACAUAUUGCCAUUACAUUGCAAGAGCGACCGUACCAUCAUCACCUGGACCGGGACAGUGCGGGACACACAUCCUCGUUCAAAUCAAAUUUGAUGUUUCAUGUGCCGAAUACAACCGGUGUAGACUUUUCCGUUAAAUAAAACUGUUCCCUUAACCCUGGCCUGAAGCGCCCCACUUUAGUGUUACCCUGUUGAAUGUUUAAUGAACCUCCUCAGCAGACAAAAGAAGGAGGCAUUGGUAACUAGGUCAGCCUGUAGUUCUCUUCUUCAAAGGUAAAGAUUUAAAUAAGAUGCUGACUGUGUCCCAAAUGGCACCCUGUUCUCGUUAUAGUGGACUACUUUUGACCAGGGCUCAUAGGGUCCAAAGUAGUGCACUAUAUAGGGAAUAGGGUGCCGUUUAGGACGCAUCCGCUGUGCUGCUGUGAUUCAGAUCCUCAGUGACUAGUAUGAGGUUCUUCACCAACCCUCGGGCUCCAGGCUCUAGCUGGCUCACAUAGAUACGAUGGAGAGGAGAGAACGGGUGACCCUGGAUCACUGCAAUAAGUUAGAUUAAAAGUCUCUUAUCAGCUCUGAGUCACAAAUGUGAUAUUUGUGGUAUUUUAUAUUUGUUAUAAGCUUGUGGUACCACAAUUCCACCUUGAAAGUAUAUGGAUCAGUGAAAGGCACAAUGUGGUAUAUUAAUUUACUGCUUCCCAGUGAUCAUUUCAAACUCUUAGCUUGUGGCUUUAAUGGAGCCUUUCACAGAAAAUGGAGAAGCGUGUGUCUCAUAAAUGAUAAAUAAAUGGAGUGAUUGAUAAAUGUGCUAUAAAAGUAAAUGUUCUGUAAAAUGUAUGUUUUCUGCAGAGCGCUGAGAUGGACUCAGAUGAUACAGGGGGCAGUGCUGCUCAGAAACAGAAGAUCUCCUUUCUGGAGAACAACCUGGAACAGCUUACAAAGGUCCACAAACAGGUAAACAAACAAAGAAACACACACAAAUACAUCUGAUGUUAUGAGGUCUUCCAUGGCAGAGAAGUAUCCUGCUUUGAUGGAAUGGUAUGGUUCACUAAAGUCAGUAAGCAGGUACAGACCAUAGAAUUAGAAUGGUAUGGUUCACUAAAGUCAGUAAGCAGGUACAGACCAUAGAAUUAGAAUGGUAUGGUUCACUAAAGUCAGUAAGCAGGUACAGACCAUAGAAUUAGAAUGGUAUGGUUCACUAAAGUCAGUAAGCAGGUACAGACCAUAGAAUUAGAAUGGUAUGGUUCACUAAAGUCAGUAAGCAGGUACAGACCAUAGAAUUAGACUGAGUAGAAUGCACGUCCCCAUUCAUUUCAAUGACGCCAUAAUGGGUUCUAUGCCUGUUCAUUCCGUGGUACAGAUCAGAGCCCUUUAUUGUAAUGGAAGGCUCUGUUACAGACAUGCCAAAUUACUCCAAGAUACAGGUACUCUUCUGUCAACACAAAUGUUCUUCACACAUCAAAAAGAUACCAAGGACAACUGCAAUGUGACUGAAAGAAAGACCAAAUUAAUUAGUGUGAAACCUGUAUGAUUGGUCACAGUCUCUGUCUAUUCCUCCCUCCCCUCCUCUAGCUGGUGCGUGAUAAUGCAGACCUGCGCUGUGAGCUUCCUAAACUGGAGAAGCGCCUGCGUGCUACAGCUGAGCGAGUCAAGGCCCUGGAGUCGGCCCUGAAGGAGGCCAAAGAGAACGCCGCACGCGACCGCAAACGCUACCAGCAGGAGGUGGACCGCAUCAAAGAGGCCGUUAGGGCCAAGAACAUGGCCAGGAGGGGCCACUCUGCUCAGAUUGGUGAGGAGAGAGGACACACAUAGGCAUAAACACACACAUAUUCAUACACACGCAGUCAUUAAUAUUCACACACACACUGAUUUAAGAGUUGAAUGCUUGCUUUUUAUUCCGAAAGAUCUGUCCUCUGUUCUGCCUGACAUAAUGUUUUUGUCUAUAAUACUAUAAAUACAUUUACAUUACAUUUUGGUCUUUUCAGACGCUAAAUAGUGAUGCCAUUAGUGUUCCUUUGAUGGUAUGUAACCUGUGCUGUGCCUCUGUCCUCCCCAGCCAAACCCAUCCGGCCUGGCCAGCCCCCUGUGGCGUCCCCCACCCACCCCAACGUCAACCGGGCUGGGCUCUUCAACAACCAGCCCACCGCCAUCAGAGGAGGAGGGGCCAAGCAAUGAGGGAACAAGAAGUAAGUCGAGGCCUCUCAGAAGACUUUACUGAGCCAGUCUGAUGUUCGGUUGGGUAGAAAACGUUUUGAAGCCGGGAGGCACUACCUGAAUUUGUCCAAUAAGAACACAGAUACUCGUUUUCCGUGGCAUUAAUUACUACUGAACACGACCCUGUUUUAUAGACAAGCCAGAGAUGGCAGCAGAGCUCAAACAAGUCUUGCUUUACCUCCACUCAUUUUGUCUUCUUGCUCUCUUUUUCCUUCAGUUGCUGAAGAAGAUAAACAUAAUCACAGAAGAUGCAAAGAUCACCCACAGGAGCUGGCAUUCCACUACACAGAACUUGUCACGUGACAUGGGACGAUUCUUCCAGUAUCAA